UCUGUCUCUUCUUUUUUUCUGCUUUUUCAUUCUUUCUAUUAUAGGGCUAUAUUAGCCAAAACUCAACCAACAGCAACUCGUUAAGAAAAGAACUGGAAGCCCAACAAAAUAGUAACAAUAAUAGCGGCAGUGUUGAUAUGUUAAACCUUUAUAUCAAAAAUCUGGAACCUCAUAUAACCAAUCAUGAUCUAAGUCAGGCAUUUCGAAAAUUUGGCCGUAUCAUUUCCGCAAGAGUAAUGACAAAUCCAGCGACUGGACAAUCCAAAGGUUACGGGUUUGUAAGUUUUGGUAGAUCAGAGGAAGCAGCCGCUGCCUUAAGAGAGAUGGAUGGGGUAAUGCUGGGUAACAGGUCCAUUAUAGUUGCUUACCAUGAACCUCGAAAAGGUCGAGCAAACGUCACUGGUACCUGCAACACGACUCCAACAGCUCCCUCUACAAACAGCAAUAACUUCAAAAAUAAUAGUCAUCGAAACAGUACUUUCAACAACAAAUUACGAUACCAGCAACAACAGCAAGACCAUCAUAAUAUCAAUCAGAACCAGUUCCAGCAGCAGGAAAAUUUUUAUGCAAAUAAACAUCAUCAACAACAACCCAUGCAAACUAAUCAUGACUUGCCAUCCCUUUCUGCGGCGCCUUUUCAUGCUCAUGGUAUGAAUAACGUGGUUGAAACCAUUCCUCCAAAUAUAAAUUCGAAUUUGAAAGAGCUUUCGAUUGGUCAAAGACCAACAAACCUGCAUAAUGCAUCUGCGACCUCUAGUACAACCAUAAGCUUGCCCCAAAAAAAGAUGCUUGAUGCUGCAUGUACCAACUCAAGCCCUUCCCAAUCCAUGCAACAACAGCACUCUUAUCAUACUCAUAAUAGUAACAAGGUAUCUGGGCCACGAUACUCUUCCUCACCUAUCUCAGGGGGCGCAAGCACCACGGGCCAUUCACUGGCGUCUCUAGCUUCAGGAUUGAGUAUACAACGCCCGCCUCCAUCGCUUGUCAAUCAGCAACAUCCGAUGGCUACAGCUUACUCCUCAUCGUCAUCGUCGUUGGCAUCACCUGUAAAUCACAACAGCAAUAACAGCAGCUGCAAUUUCCUUCACCAAAGUAAUGGUAGUAGUCGUCAUCAACGUCCGACUUUACGCCGAAGAGGUUCCAUAGAAUCGGUGAUGACCGAAUCAAGCGCAAAUAUUCAACGUCUGAAAUUAGAGGAAGCUGUACGUCAAUGCUGCGUUAGGAAUAACUAUAGCAACAACCAAAUUACCGAGAUUGUUGAUAUGUUGCUUACGUUGAAGAGAAAAGACAGGUCAAUAUGCUUGUUUAAUCCGGACUUCUUGCAAAAGAAGGUACAACUGGCCAUAGAGGCGUUGGCCACAUGUCAUGAUUCAGAUGAUGAAGAGAGUAAAAAUGAUGAAAUAGAAGACCGCAGCCGUAGAUUUACAGUAACAAAGAAGAGUGGCAGCCCUCUUCCUAACACUCAAGGAUCCUUCACUCCAUCACCUAUUGCUACUCCGGCUCAACAGCCUAUCUACUACCCAGUAAUCAAUCCAAUGAUGGGCGUCCAUCCUUAUCAUCACAACAAUAAUGUUGCUAUUAAACCACCUAUUGUAAGGGAAUCCAAGGCCAUUCCUAUUGUGGCACCUCCCUCAUUGUCAAGCUCCGAUAAUACAUCUACCGCUCAAAAAUCGAGCAGUUUAACAAAGGAGAAUUUGGUCAAAAAUGAAAAAAUAGCAGCAGAAAACCCACCUACAUCUAGCUCUGCAGGUACAUCUACACUUACUACUGCUGCUACUGAGGUUGAUAAAAAGAUAACCAUCACCACUCCUACCAAUACCAACACGAAUACCAGCGCUAAUACCUCCAAUUAUAACAAUAAUAUUACAACUGCUGAUCAAAAUACUGUAGCAAGCUCUAACGAUGAAAUCGAGACUCUUUUGAACAAUAUCGAAAAUAAGCCGGUACAUGAGAAGAAACAAUUAUUGGGCGAUAAAUUAUUCCCGUUAGUCAAGGCUACAGGGACUAAGCAAGCGCCCAAAGUAACUAUUUAUUUAUUGGAUACAAUUGAUUUACAAAAAUUAGCACAUAUCAUGUAUGAUACCCCGCAAUUAAAAGAGUGUGUCGAGAAUGCUUUUCAAGCUUUACAGAAAUAAUAAUAAUGGAAACAAAUCGAAAUUACUUCGAAUGGAAAGAAUAUUGUCGUUUUUUACAACAACUAAAAGGAAUAAACUACUAAAUUUAAC